AUGCAAUUAACGAUAUCGCUAGAAUUUAGUGGAGAUAUUUUAUCAAUUGACGUACCAGAAUCAUUAUCAUUAUCCGAUUUUAAAGCUUAUUUACAAGCAGAAACAAACAUUGAACCAAAAGAUCAACAUUUAAAAUUAAAUAGUAAAACUUUAGAUUCAGACAAGACUUUACAAGAAUUGGGAAUAGUGAAUAAUGAUUUAAUCGUAUUAAGUAAAAAAUCACAACCAAGGCCUCAGCAACAACAACCACCACAACAACAACAAUCAAAUCAAAUUCAUGAACGUAUUGAAAUGGUAAGACAACAAGUAUUAUCAGAUCCACAAGCCUUAAACAAUAUGAGAAUGGCUCAACCUAGUCUUUAUAAUGCGGUAAAUGAUCCAGUACAAUUUAGAAACUUAAUGGUUGAACAAGUUAGAGAAGAACAAAGAGAAACAUCAUCAAAUCAACAAGAACUUUUGAGAUUACAACAAGAUCCAGAUAAUCCAGAAAAUCAAAAACGUAUUUUGGAGUUAAUUCAACAAGAAGCAAUUGAAGAAAAUAUGAAACUAGCUUUGGAUAUAAGUCCUGAAAGUUUCACAAGUGUAAAUAUGCUUCAUUUAAAAUUAAAAAUAAAUGGAGUUGAACAAAUUGCAAUGGUUGAUUCUGGCGCUGCUAUGACUACUAUUAGUUCUGAAAUUGCUGAAAAAUGUGGGAUAUCAAGAUUAAUUGAUACAAGAUUUAAAGGUCAAGCUGUUGGAGUUGGUACUCAAAAUAUUGGUGGUAAAAUUCAUAGUGUACCUAUUGAAAUUGCAGGUGUUGAAUUACCUUGUUCAUUUUAUAUUGUUGAUACUUCUGUUGGUAUAUUAUUUGGAUUAGAUAUGUUAAGAAGACAUCGUUGUGUUAUAGAUUUAACUAAAGACACAUUAAUGAUUGGUGGUCAUAUUGAAGCAAAAUUUUUGACUGAAUCUGAAAUGCCUAGAAAUUCAUUAGGUGGAAACAUUUUCUCAAGAGAAUCUUAA